AUGGAGCAAGUGGGAGAAAAGCAAACCAAGUGGAGGAGAUUAACUCCUCCACGUAGACGCCAAGGUACUCCGACGGCACCUGCAAGCCUCAGUUCUACUUCCUUCUUCAAGUCGCGAAUGAAGGCACCGAAAAAGUGCCUUAAAAACAUGAGGAAGAUCAUAGAGAGAUAUCAGAAAGCAUCAGGAGCUCGCCUUUCCGAUUUCGAUAAUCAGCAUCUGUUCUGCGAGAUGUCAAGAAUGAAGAAUGAGAACGAAAAACUUCAAGCCGAUAUCAGGCAUCUCAUGGGCGAAGAUCUCGAGUUUUUGCCAAUUGCGGAGCUGCAUCAGUUGGAACAGCAACUCGAACUCUCUGCCAAUCGUGUUCGUGCUAGAAAGAGUCAACUGUGGCAUCAACAAGUAGAUAACCUACGAAGAAAGGAGAGGCAACUGGAGGAGCAAAAGAGUCAACUAAUUUGCCGACUAGUGGCAGAGCAAGCAGCAGUGGAAGGGGCUGCUGCAGAGUGUGCAAUGAUGGAUAUGGGAGUGUUGUAUGGAGGGGAAUCAAGCAGAAAUGCCGCACCUGCACCACUUCAUUACAAUAUGAUCAAUACCAAUACGAAUGCGAAUACAAUGCAGCUUCAAAUGCAGAUGCAGAUGCAGAUGCAGAUGCAAGGAGCGGCUGCUUUUCGUCUGCAGCCAACUCAGCCCAAUCUCCAGGACAACCCAAUGCAGCGACCACCUCUUCAACUCUGGUAUAUUGCCUUUCUCUUAGCAGAGGACGUUAAGUAG